UGUUGCGUCAUAGAGCUUUCAACGUUUUGUUAUGUUUUCAGAAACCUUAUCAGCAGCGUCGACGAGUGAAUUCAGUUUAGUUUAUCUUCCGUAACAGCAACAGCAAAUUAACUUGGUUCAGUGCGAUUUAACGACGGUUGUUUAGUGUUGAUAUAGCAAAUAACAGAUUUUCAAAGCAUUAGUGAGUGAGUAAAGCAUUAGUCGAAAUGAUCAAUAAGGGAUUUAGGCGUUUCAAACGGACCACUGCCACGGCAGAUCAAGUUUAUUCAGGUGAAGGUGAACUGGUCCCGCACCCACCACCCAACGUGACCUCUAGUAAUGAAAUUCUUGAGAGUGAUCGUCGUCCCCCCAUCUUAAAUGAGUCGGAGUGUGGGGAGAUCCUUAGCGGUGUCGCUGUCCCACACCCACCACGCGGCAGAAGAGAUUUCUGCAAAAAAUUUCUCGAAGAGCAUAAGGAUAACCAUUCUCCGUACCGCGAUACAAUUAAUACCUGGUCUAGAAAGUUGCCACAUCACCUUAGCUUGUGUGAUGGGGUCCAGCAACAAGAAUCGAGCAAGUUGAAGCCUGCGGGCUAUAAAAUUCUUCCCCCCAUCUCGAAGAAGAUUGACCCGAGGAAGAUAAUUAACGGUGUUAGGCAACCGAGGCUAAAGGACUGUGUCCCGCAGCCACCACCUAGUGGGACCUCCGAGAUAAUUCCUGCGCCCCAAAAAUUCCUACCCCCUAUCUCAAAUCGGAAGGGUGCUGUUAACAUAGUCUCCCAUCAAUCCACUGCCCUCCCUAUUAAAAAACAAAACGGUGUCCCUGUCCCACACCCUCCAUCCGAGAGGAGUUUACUUUGCAGGAAUCUAAUCAAAGAGCAGAAGGACAACGUUUCGCCACAACGCGAUACGUUUUCCACCUGGUAUAGGAGACCGGUGCAAUUGCCGGAUUUAUUGGACGUAGACGUCUGUGAUCCAGAGCUGCACCCAACUCACGAGACCUCUGAGGUCGCAGAUGUUGAAGUCCUUCAAGCCCCACAGCGAUCUUCUGAGUGGUUUGCAUUUUGCAAAAAUUUUAAAGAAGAAGAACAGAAGGACAGGCCUUCUGCGCGUCAGGAUACCUUCUCCUCCUGGUGUAGGCAACUCCCGAAAGUGAGGAGAAAGGACGGCGUCACAGAUCCCAGUGACUUCAGAUUUUCAAGGCUCUCUCAACUGCCAGAACAUGAGAAGGAAAAGGAUCAUGAGGAGGAAAUUGGUAAACUAAAGUGGGUUUUAAUGGAAGAGGUAAGAAGGGAGCAGGAAAGAAGGAAGAAGAGCCCUAAAUCUCAGCACUGCAAAGACGCUGACUCCCCGCCAGAACAGGAAGAAUCAGAAACAUUUUCCAGACGUCUGGCAAAGGGAUGUUGGGAUCAUCGGUGCUUACAGAGGCUGAUUUCAGACCUUGAAGCUAUUCAGAGAGAAGAAUCGAGAGGUUUAUCUGUGAGCUCUCGGAAACCGAGUGCUUUACUUGUGAGCCCUCCGAAACCGAGGGAUUUACUUGUGAGCUCUCGUAAACCGAGGGAAUUGCUUGAGAUCUCUCCGAUAUACAGGGAUUUACCUGAGAGCUCUCGGAAAUCGAGCGAGUCAUCUCUUAGAUCGGAACGAUCAUCAGCCUCUACAGAUUCCUUGAACACCACAGAUAACGACAAGUUGUUAAGGAAACUUCAUCACCUGCAGACGCAUUUGCACUUCACAUUGAAAUCUUUCAUUGAUGAAAGUCAAAAGGCUCUGGAGAUAGACAGACUCAAUGUUCAUGUGGAUCUAAAGGCUGAACUAGAAUACGUGAGGAUCGAGAAGUCUUUAGAAUUCUAUGGAAACUACAAAGACCUUUGUCUUAACCUCAAGUUUCCUGAGUGGCAAGAAAAGUUCCAUUUGGACCCAGAGGACCCGUUUCACUUCGAGAACCCUCAGGACUUGAUAGACUGGAUUAAGUGCAUAGGAUUGUCCGAUCUUGUGGAGAACUGAGAUCUUCAAAUCAGGCUGCAAUUGAAAAAAGACAGGUCAGGUUUACCCGACAGGUACCCGACAAGUAUUCCGAUUUAUUUUACAUUUCAAACGGCUCACAGUGAAAUGCUAGAAAUGCAACUGGCUGGCGGAUCGUUCGCACCACGCCUCGUCUGACCGUUCCCUAAGAGACGGUUCCACCGUCUUGUUCCUAAACCACGCGCCGGAAACAGUGCGUGGUGAUGAUGAGAUUUUGCAAGCUGUGUUCUUGGGUAUGACAGACCCAUCUUCGAGUCUGAACGGGGCGAUCACAGCGGCUACGUUCUCCGGAAUGUUGCCACAACCCCGUCAGUUCCCUGUGCGUGACCGGCGCCUCGGCGAGGUUGAAUGCUUCAGCGAACGUCGGGGGUGAACGUGGGUUCCCAUGUUUGUUUCCCAAGACUCGACAACGUGCUCUGUCAUAACAUCUGAUAGCUACCUCCGGUCAUCAGAUGCGAAGCCCCCUGGAGCUCCCGCUUCCGGGCGGUCGAGCCCAAGAACAGGCAACGCAGAGAUGACGGCCGUGCUUCCCCUGUCCGGAGAUGCACGUUGAGCUCACUAGCAUGGAGUAUGCCGUUCGCGGCAUGUUCCUGUCUGAUGCGAAGCCCCCUAGAGCUCCCACCUCUGGGUGGUCGAGCUCAAGAGGCAACGCAAAAGUGAUGGCCGUGCUUCGUCGGACUUCCCCGGAGAUCCACGUGGAGCUCAUUAGAUGUGGAGUAUGCCAUCCGCGGCUUGCUCCUGUCUGAAGGGCUCAGGGAGCUGUUACUUUCCUGGACAGUGAAGGUAGCUAAGGGCUAUGUUGACCACCCAGGUCGACUAGCAGCCGUGGUGCACCACGGAUGCUGCCACUUGGAGUCGACCCGUGUCGAGGAGUUAUAAUGCUGUGGGUUAAGCUGCUUUCACCCUCCAUGCUGUGGUAGUCAAUAGGGUCCAAAACGUUAUGGCGACCCAUCGGGUCAUAUGCCAGAGCGUUUGGAUCUGGUUGAUCGGAAGGUCGACCUGGCUGCGCAUCGCCACAGGCCUCGCGCCUUGAGCGACAAAGGUCAGGACGUGUGCCCUGGGUCGGACGAUGUCCACGAUAGUGGUCCAAGGAUCUGUAGCUCAGCAUUGCGCGAUGAAGCUCGGAAGGUUCGCCUUCUAGGGGCGAACCUCCGAUAGCUGAUAGCUACCUCCGGUCAUCAGCUGUGAAGCCCCUUGGAGCCCCCGCCUCCUGGUGGUCGAGCCCAAGAGCAGGCAACGCAGAGAUGACGGCCGUGCUUCCCCGGGCCGGAGAUGCACGUUGAGCUCACUAGACGUGGAGUAUGCUGUUCGCGGCAUGCUCCUGUCUGAUGCGAAGCCCCUUGGAGCACCCGCCUCCUGGUGGUCGAGCCCAAGAGCAGGCAACGCAGAGAUGACGGCCGUGCUUCCCCUGGCCGGAGAUCCACGUGGAGCUCAUUAGACGUGGAGUAUGCCGUCCCAAACAAACAGGGCUGUAUUGUGACACUGUGGAGAUAUUCUAUGGUGAAGAAGCAGACUGUUCCGUGACCCGACCAUCUAUGGAUUAUUGAGGUACUGAGCACAGCCUGCCCUCCAUCAGCCCCGCCUACCCGCGGUAGCCCCUCUGAUACUGUGCCCUCCAAGGAUGGCCCGUCAGCGAUGCGGAGCCUCGCAGGAGGAGGCCUCUACCCUGUUGAGUAACUGCCUCAGAUCGGCCCUGACAGGAGAGCCGUGGGAUGGUGAGUACACUCUCUCUCGGGCUUCUCCCCAGUGAUAUCGCUGCCUUCCACAAUCUCCAUGUGACGUUGCGUCGGGCGGCGGUAACACUAAGCAGGUAAGUAGGCAGAGCAGUCAACCUCUCCGGGGUCCCACCCUGGUGGGGGUCCCACCCCCGGGGUCCCACCCUCUCUCAGCCACUAACCAGCCUCCCUGGCACAGUGAAGCAGAUCAUCCUCCAGUUUUGCUACCACGGCACAAGCCCGUUAUGCAAGCUAGAGGACGAUCCAUCUUGGUUACGCGAUCCAUUUUCGCCAGGCACCUGCCAAGUUCGGGGCAUUCUCCUAAGGGGGAAGCUCCCGUGCUGAGGUUGCUGCUUCUGGCGGGAAGUGCGGUUGAACCUGUCCCUCUAACCGAGGCAUCUUCCGGGCCGGACUUCAUAUUGCCUUUAAGGGGGGAGGCUGCGCCCCUCUCUGUAUCGAGCUGAUAAAGAAGCGCAUCUUGGCGACAAGAUUGGUUGUGGCAAUCGACCCGUAGGUCCGUUACUCUUACGUCUCUUUCUUUCCGCGACAAUUCAUGUUGAAGGAAGAACGUAUCAGUACUGGGUCGGUCCCUGUCUCCACUCACGGUCACGCGGAGCUUGUGCUUCGGCACCUAGACCUUCUGGCAUCCGGAUUAACUGGGAAAGAGCAAGCUCUCCCCAUAAGAGCGGGAGCUCCUCUUAUCUCGGUGUGGAACUAGACUCUGCCCUUAUGCAGCAUGCUCACCCACGAGUUUUCUGCAGUCGGUGUUGAACUGGAUGAAUCUGGUCAGCCGGACUCCGGGUCCCGCUGAUCACUUCAGAGGCUCCUGGGCACGUGGCAUCCUCGAUGGGUAAUCCGCUUGAAUUGAUGCACGUACAGCCACUUCAGCACUGGCCUCCGAGUCGGGUUCCUGGGAUGGCGGCACACCGGCACCAGGCAGAUUGGGCUACGCCUCAGUGUCUACGCACCCCAGACCCUGGUCAGAUCUGACCCUUCUCCGAGCUAGGCCCGAUCGGGUAGGUCCGAGGUGCGUCAAGCACCUCCCUGCGGGGUGGGGUGUAGUGUGCAACGGGGAGUCAGUAUCUGGCAGUGACGGGUUCCCUACUGCCUAGAGUUUUUUGGCAGUCCCCUUGGCACUAGACCUCUAGUGCAGGACAAAGCAUGCUAGUCUGGUCGGGCAGCACGACUGCCGUGGCGUACAUCAAAAGCAUACGCUCACAGCAGAUGAACUCGCCCGAUGCCUCCUCUUACGAAGUCAGCAGGAUGAUCAAUCAAAAGUCAGAGAAAAGUGGCCUCACGUACUGUAGUUGCGCCUUACUGGCCCAACCAGACUUGACUCUCAGACUUCUCAGUUCUGAUAACAGCCCCCUCUGGCCGAUUCCCCUGACGAAGCCUUCUCGCAGGGGAAGGGCACGGUUGGCACCCCAGGCCAGACCUCUGGAAUCUCCAUGCCUGAUCCCCAGAUGGGCGGAGGAUGCCUGGAGUGGCCUGCAGUGACGGUCUGACCGCCCUGCCGAAGCCCCACCACUUGGCGUGUGCACGCUUAUAGGUGGCGCCUCUUCUCGCCCUAGUGUUCUCCCCACAGCGAGAACCCACGGAGUUGCUUGAUCCGGUCAGUGUUGACCUUUCAGAGACUAGAGAGUAAUCUCUCCCCAUCCACGUUGAGAGUGUAAGCAGCCGCUAUUGCCGCUCAUCACGAUCGCCUGGAGGGUAAGUUUCUUGGUUAACAUAACCUGGUCACUAGGUUUCUCAGGAGCGCGACUCCGGCCGCGACCUAAUGGACCACCAUUAGGUCCUACAUGGCCUUUGGGCCUGUGAGCCCCUCGGAGACGCCUCUCGUUCUUAUUACGAUGAAGGCCGCUCUUGAUUGCGCUUGCCUCUGUAAGAGGGUAGGGACCUCCAGUAUUCUUCGUGUCCCAUGGGUUCCUGGAAAUUGGGCGGUAGUCUCUCUGAGAUACCGGCCCGGUUACGUGCCCAAGGUUCCCACACUCCCUGCCGGGUUCAGGUGGUGAACCUGAACCUCCGAAAGGAACCAGUGCCCUACACCGUAAUAUGUAGGACAGGCAUCUGGCCUGGGCGUACGCCUGCGAAAGUGCCUUCUUCCCUCUUUAGGUAAGUACAGUGCGCUAUGUAGUCUCCGUAUUUCACUAGAAAUCUGGUAACGGACCGGGCGGUCUGUUAGAACCAUGUCCAGUACUGGCAGUGUCGCCCCUACUUAGGUGGACCCCUAUACUAGUACUAUUGCCCCAUACGUAGUGACUCCCCCAUUGGGUAGUCCCGUAUGUUGAUUUCUUCACUCCUGAUUCCCCUGUUGGCAAAUCUGUGACCUCCCCUCCGGUGGCACACCCACCUUGGCUGGCCCCCUACGGCCGGGAAUUUGACAGCACAAAGGGUGAUAAAUGACCGCCGCCAUCUUCCUUUUAUAUCCGUAUGUAUGGGGCGGAGACUGGCGUGGGCGCGCCAUUAGCGUUUUAGUUUUAUCUCGAGAUGAUAGGUUCUCAGAAUUAAACCCCAGUCUGUCCCUCAACACAACGUCUCGUUCCCUCCAUCAGGGAACGAAGGUUACAGACGUAACCAGACGUUUUGCUCUCAGGUUCAGGACAUACUGAAUUUGGUUCUUACUAUCUGGGGUCCGUCCUCCCAAGCUUCCCUUAGUAAGUCUAACACCCCACGAGGCUGACGUCCAUAGAGUAACUUGAAGGGGGAAAACCCUGUGGAGGCUUGGGGGACCUCUUGUACCGCAAAUAACAGGGGUUCCAUCCACCGAUCCCAAUUUUUGGCGUCUGCGUGCAUGACUUUACGGAUCAUUGCCUUCAAUGUGCAAUUUAAGCGUUCGACCAGCCCGUCUGUCUGUGGGUGGUGGACACUGGUACGAACUGCUUUAAAGCCCAAUAGCCCGUAUAACUCGCGGAGGGUCUGUGACAUGAACGCCUUGCCUUGAUCCGUGAGAACCUCCUUCGGGAUUCCCAAGCAGGAGAUGAUUCGAAACACUCUUAGCCGAAAUGCUGCAGAGAGCUACUGCUUUGGGUUAUCGUGUUGCAUAGUCUACUACAACCAGUGCGAAACGUCUCAUGGAGUUAUCAAAGUAUAUAAUAAUAGGCUAUUGAAAUCAUUUAAAUGUGCAUUUAUUUAAUAAGAGAUCACUAGUGUAAUAUAUGCAUUAGACAUAUUGCUUAUGUUUAUAUUUUGCCAGCACAGUUUAAAAACACAAAAAGAAACAUUUAUUAAUAUACUGACAGAAAAAAGAACAGAACGGCAUAUUUUAGAGAAGAUGUUUAUUGCACAUAUCUUUUGAACAUAUUAUAACAUUUCUUCCUAUAAUACAACAUACUGUAACAAUGCAAUGUAACGUACCGGCCGGUCUUGCAGGUGUUAAACGUACAACAUGCAUUUGACUGAUGAUCCGGGAAGCGGAUUCUUUAAUCCAAUUAAUUUGUGAGAAACAGAACAGAAAGAUGGCCAACUGAUUUAACAGGAAAGGUUGUCAAACUCUACAAGGCAUUUCAAUCAGAAAUUGAGCAAAAAGAUUAGAUAUGCCUAGAAUAGUGCUUCUCAAUUUGGCCCGCAAAAUCCAUUUUCCUGCUGAAUUUAGCCCCAACUCUGAAAAAACCCACCUGAACUAGCUAAUCAGCGUCUUUAGGAAUAGAUUCUUGCAACUCAUAAGGAUACUUCAUCCUAAAAAAUACAAUUUCGUUUUUUUUAUUUCGCUCCCAGACCAUCUGAGAUGUAGGUGAUAUUUUUUCUUGAGUAGAAAAUCUUCUUUUGAGUAAAUCCGCAGCCCUCUGUGCUUCAUAUAAUUGAUGUGAAUGGCUGCCAUCAAGAGUUGUAAAAGCACAUAUAUCCAACAUAAGCACGAUCCCUGUGACGCCUGUAUGGAAAGCCAGCAGGAUCACAAUUCGCCUGCUUUGGAUCACCAUAUUAAUAUUAAAACGUUGAUUUCUUUUCGGCGGGUUUGUCUUUCAUUUCUUUUUCUUUCUUUCUUUCAUUUCUUUCUUUUUCUUUCUCCGACUUCCCGUAGACCAUGCAAACCAAUAAGAGGAGAGGCUAUGUAUAUUAGCUAAUAAAUUUGCAUUUUGAGUGACGUGUGACGUUAACUUAAUGUCGAUCGGUGCACGGCGUUACUUAAACGUGUGGCGGCGUAUGACGUUAAUUUAGCACCAGGCGGCGUUAAGAAAUCGGCGUUUUAAUAUUAAUACGGCGAUCCAAAGCAAGGAAAUUGUGAUCCAGUAUCAAAAGUCAACAGUAUCACAAUUUGCGUGCUUUUGGAUCGGCGUGUUUAAGUAACGCCGGGCACCGAUCGACGU